AUGCAUUCUUUCAAUACACCACAGAAGACAAGCUCAUCAUCCAAUCCUUCCUUUUCUCAUCACGAGAGAUUUGCGAGUCUUUUGGUGGCCGACACGCCAUCACCUGCUGAAGAAAGUCGCUUUAUUAGACCAGAUUGGCUAACAGACGAUCUUGCAGACCAUGUUGUCCGUAACGCACGCUCUUUUGCUGCGCGCUCAUCUCGUUCUCUCGCCAUAUCGGACACAUUGCACCCUCCUCCCCAUCCAACGGAGCCACGUCAAUCCAGCGCACCUGUUCUGACAGAGAUCGACCCCAACAACCAGAACCUGCGCCCUGGUCUGGCUUCCAACCGUUACCGUCCAUCUCCAACUCCGUCACUGAAGAAGCGCAAGGCUGAGCAGAUUCUUGAGGAUCAUGGCUCUCCUCCUGGACUUCGCGUUACCGCUGGCGGACGCAUCGUUCCCAGUGACCAGUCUCCUCUGUGCAGCCCUCGCUACGGAUACAGCGCCAUCAAGAAGAACGGCAUGCUCAUCAAGUUUGGCCCCAACUUCCCGGCUCCUCCUGGUGGCAUUCCCAUGCAGAGGGUUGGCUUGCCCAAUGGCUUCGUGGCCCAAGACCCGGACGGCAGACUUUGUCAGAUGGUCGAUGGCAAGUUUCUACCCGUCGAUGACAUCGAUGGCAUUCCUCAGCUCUACAUCGCCGCUCCCAACCUGACAGGCAGCACUGGUUUCCCUGCCGGCGAGAAGCAAGACGCUUCUGGCGCUACGCCGUUCGACAACGCUAUCAGACAGCAGCAGCCCAACCAAAGCUUCGACAAGGCUCCUCCUACUGGUCCAGCAGCCAAACAAACAACCGUCAAGCAGCCAGUCAUCAAUGUCAACGUGCAGAUCCAAGCUCUGGAAAAGCAGUACGCCAAGCUGGAACAGGAGUCCAAGGACCUUGACAAGGUUGAAGUCUUGCAACGCAGCUCAAUGGGAGCCAAAGCAUACGCCCAGCUCGUUCAGACACGUCGUGAUCUCGUCAGCCGCAUGAACUCGAUUCGCGUCAGCCUCAAGUCUCUGCGUGAAGCAAAGUCGUCGACCGACCACUCGCCUCAACCUGUUGCUCAGCCACUGCAGCCACAGUUCAGUAUGCCACCUUACGGACCAGCAGCCAUAAUGGGACCAGCAGGACCCAUGCACGAUUGGACCUUCGACGGUAUUGGCUCGGAUACUCACAACAUGCCUCCCUUUCAGAGCGCUCCCAUGCCUCAUGGACUCGGCUACUACGGCCCACCUCCUGGCUAUCCUGGUUCCAUGGCUCCGUACCCAGGCAUGUUCGGCCCAAUACCACCAAUGUUCAACAUGAUGGGUAUGCCUCCUGUCGAUGCGUUUGGCAACUUCAUUCCCAAUGCAGCGCACAUGGAUCCUCAGGCCUUCUCCAGCGGCAGCCCAUCUGCUCCACACGCCAACGCGGUGCACGAGACCGGACCAAGCAACCGCAGACCGGCAGAGACUGCUGCCACGUCCCAGCCAGAGUCUCCACGCAAGAGCCACGCUUUGCAGAUCAAGGAUCCAGAGAACAAGUCAGAGUCGAGUCAGAAGUCGGCACUCAACCCCAUGAGCCCCAGCUACCAGCCCGCCGGCAAGUCGACACCUGCAUCCAAGAUCAUGCCAGCUCGUCCUGUGUCUCCGUCGCCUGCUCUCGCUGAGGCCGUCAGACAACACAACGCCUGGGUCACCGAGUCAGCCAACGUCUCCACUAGCAACCUGAACUCCGGUGGUUCUCAGCGCAAGCUUCGUUACGAGUCAUCAUCAUCGAGCUAUGCUACUGCCGACUUCUUUCCCAACAACCCUCGCGACCAUUCGAUGAGAAAGGAUGCCUAUCCUGUCGUUCAUGAUGGCAACGCAAGCCGCAGCAAGAUGGCAGAACGUGCUUCGACAUCCAGUGAGCACCCGAUCACUCCAGACAAGGAGAACCAGUUGACAGGGUGGAACUUUGCACCGGUUGCUAGUGUCACGAUGCCACCAACCAUGUGUGAUCAACCAACUGACCAGUCAUGCACUCCGGAACUCCACAGCAAGGAUCCAGUCCAGAACCGCUCCCAGAUGAACGUGAGUCCGAAGAAUCGUCGUUCAGACUACCCUUUGAGUUACAAGUCUGUCAGCGAAGUCACCACACUAGGAUCUGAGCUUCCUUCUCCUGCCAUCGGCUCAUCUUCCCACACUCAGUUGCAGCAAGCCAAGCCUGCCCUUUCUUCGAAGGAGCAUCUGAGCCUUGAGGAGGCCACUUACCUGGCUGGCUUCAAGGCUGGUCAGGCUCGCUUGCCUGUGGGUCUUGAGAAGAACAGCUUUUGGCUUGAUGGAUACUGUGCUGGUCUGCUUCAGUCAGCUCAGCCAACCACUGCUCCAUCUCAGCCCAAGGCUCCAAAGCCAGCCCAUGCAGCUCCAGUCAUCAUCAAGCCUUAUCUUCCAGCAGAACAGAAAAAAGUCGUCUCACAGCGUGCUGCUUCUGCUGCCCACAUCAACGCCACAUCUAUGAACACUCUCAAGGACGCCAUCUUCUCGGCUCAGAACGAGAAUGCUAUCCUCACUCCAGACCCAAACGGUCCUUGUGUCAACGAGAUGGCUGCUUUGCAUCUCGGAAGCUGGGCAAAGACUCAUCAAGCACCCACGGCUGCCGACUCCGAUGCUGUCCUCGCGUCUGUACGCAACCGCGAGACAGUGUUGCCUGUACGCACCUCUUCGGUCAUGCAAUGUCAGAUGUCAGGCGCCGAUACUUCGACUGAGCACAACCGCACUGGCAUGCCUUCCAUCCAGACGACUGGUGUCAUGAUGGAUCGCCAGAGAGUCCACGUGCCUCAAGACCGCCGUGCUACUUCUGCACAAGUGCAAACGACUGGUGGGUCCCCAACAGCCCACUACCAGCGCAACUACCCAGCUCAUCGCGUCAUGAGCUCUCAGCUCGAGUGGAAGUCGGGCUCUUCGAUCGCACAAGUUGCCGGACUGGCCACAGGCUACUUUGCGCAGUACGACGGUACGAGAACAGGUGCCAACACUCUUGCAGACAGACGGCCGCUGACUCCAUUGUCUGGCAACACAGGCAUGACGACCCAUGACACAAUGUCAGGAGCAUUGCCCGAGAAGCAGCCUGGCAUGUCGGCUAGAUUCACCGAAGAAUCCAUGACAGUCGACAACAAGACAGGCAGCCCAUCGUCAUCGCCUGGCAAGAGGUCGGCUCCCAAAGGCUCCCCAGCCAAGGUCAAGUUCGCACAGAUUGCUGGCAGAGCUGGAAUCAAGGUUCGCAGCGACAGCAGAGAUGAGCAGGAGAGCGAGCCCAGCAGCCCUCAGGAGAAGCGCCGCUGGAGAGACGUUUGGACAAAGAGGUUCACCGAGACUGGCGGUCGCGAAGGUGAGCAGAAGCAAGGUGGUCGUCCCUGA